ACAAGCAGGAAAAUGCAAAAAUGUGGACGAGGAUAUAGCGUCUGUUUCAACUUUCUUAAAUAUGUUCAAUGUUCAUAGGUAUGUUCUAAUUGUUGUUUCUUGAAAACAAAAGGUAAAUUCGUACAAAUGUCAUUGAUAGUACAUGGCAGCAGUAAUGGUCGUUGACAGGCGUUUCCGAAAGCUACGUUGGCAAAGGGGCGGCUCCCAUGUUAGGGUCAAGUAAAUAAAACGAGGAUGGACAAGAUGUUUAAACCGAUUAUAGCAAAGAUUUGAGCGAUGUCAAUAGUUUUCGAGGAGGAAGAAACAUCUGGAGAUGAAAUAGAGAAGCUUUAUUUAUUCCAAACACCGACGUGUCUGAUGAGGCAUGGCGAUGAAGGCAAUGCUAGAGACAGACAGACAGACAGACAGCGAGGAGAGGGAUGAAAAGAUGCCUCACUUCACCGUGGUACCCGUGAAGGGUCGAGGCCAGACGGGCUAUGACAGUCUGGAAGGGAUCAACUUCGUGGAACACGGGGACGGUGGACAACCGGAUCAUCAAGACACUGUCAGUUCUGAGGGACACGCCAAUCACAAAGAAGACAGCCCCAUCCUCAACAGUCCCGACGCCGCAAUCAAGAAGAAUGACUUCUACGACAGGAACCUGGCCUUGUUUGAGGAAGAGCUGGACAUCCGACCGAAGGUGUCGUCUCUGCUCAGCCGCUUGGUCAGCUACACAAACAUCACCCAGGGAGCCAAGGAGCAUGAGGAGGAAGAGAGCGCGGAGGCUUCACGGAGGAAGAAACCCAAGUCUCCCAACAUGGGCACUCUCAUGGGCGUCUACUUGCCGUGCCUCCAGAACAUUUUUGGAGUGAUUCUGUUCCUGCGACUGACGUGGAUCGUCGGGGUGGCUGGCAUCAUGCAGUCCUUGUUGAUCAUACUCAUGUGCUGCUCAUGUACGAUGCUCACGGCCAUAUCAAUGAGUGCCAUUGCAACUAAUGGUGUUGUUCCAGCCGGGGGGGCCUACUUCAUGAUCUCACGAUCUUUGGGCCCAGAGUUUGGAGGCGCCGUGGGCCUGUGCUUCUACCUGGGUACCACCUUUGCUUCCGCCAUGUACAUCCUCGGUGCCGUUGAAAUAUUCUUGAAAUAUUUAGUACCGCAGGCGGCCAUUUUUCAUGCCGUAGACCACCACGGGACUGACAGCGCGGUCCUCAACAACAUGCGGGUCUACGGUUCCAUCUGCCUCAGCCUCAUGGCCGUGGUGGUUUUCGUUGGAGUCAAAUACGUCAACAAGCUGGCUUCGCUGUUCCUCGCUUGUGUCAUCAUCUCCAUUGUCUCCAUCUACGCCGGUGCCAUCAAGUCCAUAUCUCAUCCACCGGCGUUCCCGAUCUGCAUGCUAGGCAACAGGACUUUGGUCCGAGACCGUUUUGAUGUUUGCGCAAAGACUGUCACCACGGGCAACAUCACAGCGCCCGGCCAGCUGUGGGGCAUGUUCUGUCUGACGGGGAACAUGAGCAGCGCACAGUGUGAUGACUACUUCCUCCACAACAACGUGACAGAAAUCCAGGGAAUUCCCGGAAUGGCUAGUGGAAUAUUUAGAGACAACAUGUGGGGCGACUACCUGCAGAAAGGUGAGAUCCUGGAGAAGGAGGGUCUGGCGUCAGUGGGCUCCCACAGCAGCAUGGAGAACUUUGGCAUGUACGUGUCAGCAGACAUCGCCACCUCCUUCAUGCUUCUGGUGGGCAUCUUCUUCCCGUCUGCUACAGGCAUCAUGGCAGGCUCCAACAGAUCUGGAGAUCUUCGAGAUGCCCAGAAGUCCAUCCCUAUUGGAACUAUCUUGGCUAUCACUACCACUACCAUUGUCUAUAUAAGUUCUGUUAUCCUGUUUGGAGCCUGUAUCGAAGGGGUCGUUCUAAGAGACAAGUUCGGGGAUGCAGUUAGGAACAACUUAGUGGUGGGAACGCUCUCCUGGCCGUCCCCGUGGGUCAUUGUGAUCGGUUCCUUCUUCUCCACGGUGGGUGCAGGACUACAGUCGCUCACAGGAGCGCCCAGACUCCUCCAGGCCAUCGCUAAGGACAACAUUAUCCCUUUCCUCAGAGUGUUUGGCCAUGGGAAGACCAACGGCGAGCCAACAUGGGCGCUGUUGCUGACUGGAUUUAUAGCGGAGCUGGGUAUCCUGAUUGCCUCGUUGGAUAUGGUGGCUCCGAUCCUUUCCAUGUUUUUCCUGAUGUGCUAUCUCUUUGUGAAUCUGGCCUGUGCCGUCCAAACGCUGUUACGCACACCCAACUGGAGACCCAGGUUUCGAUAUUACCACUGGGCUCUAUCCUUUCUGGGUAUGAGUAUGUGCUUGGCUUUGAUGUUCGUCUCCUCCUGGUAUUACGCUAUUGUGGCUAUGGGUAUUGCAGGCAUGAUCUACAAGUACAUCGAGUACCAGGGAGCAGAAAAGGAAUGGGGAGAUGGAAUAAGAGGACUGUCGCUUAGUGCUGCACGUUAUGCCCUCUUAAGGCUAGAAGUGGGACCCCCGCACACCAAGAACUGGAGACCUCAGCUGUUGGUGCUCUCCAAGUUGGAUGAGGACCUCCACGUCAAAUAUCCACGACUCUUGACCUUUGCCUCGCAGCUGAAGGCGGGGAAAGGGUUGACCAUAGUGGGAUCAGUCAUCCAAGGGAACUUCCUGGAAAGCUAUGGGGAACUACAGGCGGCAGAACAGACUAUCAAGAACAUGAUGGAUAUCGAGAGGGUGAAGGGUUUCUGCCAAGUGGUGGUGGCGUCCAAGGUGCGGGAGGGCAUCGUUCACCUGAUCCAAUCCUGCGGUCUUGGUGGCAUGAAGCACAACACGGUGGUGAUGGGCUGGCCGUACGGUUGGAGGCAAAGCGAGGACCCACGAGCAUGGAAAACCUUUAUCAACACAGUUCGUUGCACCACGGCGGCACACCUGGCCCUAAUGGUGCCCAAAAACGUGUCGUUCUACCCGAGCAACCACGAGCGCUUCACUGAUGGCAACAUCGACGUGUGGUGGAUCGUCCACGAUGGCGGGAUGCUCAUGCUGCUGCCUUUCCUACUCAAGCAACACAAAGUGUGGAGGAAGUGCAGAAUGCGUAUCUUCACCGUAGCCCAGAUGGACGAUAACAGCAUCCAGAUGAAGAAAGACUUAGCCACGUUCCUCUACCAGCUGAGGAUUGAGGCUGAAGUAGAAGUGGUGGAGAUGCAUGACAGCGACAUCUCUGCGUACACAUACGAGCGCACGCUAAUGAUGGAGCAGAGGUCUCAGAUGCUGAGGCAGAUGAGGCUCUCCAGCGCAGAGAGGCAACGAGAGGCCCAGCUGGUGAAGGACAGACACUCGCUGGUGCGUAUGGGAAGUCUGUACUCCGAUGAGGAGGAGGAGUCGAUGGAGAGUCCUCCGCCCGAGAAGAUCCAGAUGACGUGGACGAAGGAGAAGAGCGAGGACGAGAAGAGGAACAGGAACAACGCGCCGGAAAACUUCCGAGAACUCAUGAGCCUUAAACCGGACCAGUCCAACGUGCGGCGAAUGCACACGGCCGUCAAGCUGAACGAGGUGAUCGUUAACCGGUCCCACGAUGCACGCUUGGUGCUCCUCAACAUGCCGGGACCGCCUCGUGACGCAGAUGGAGAUGAGAACUAUAUGGAGUUUCUGGAGGUUUUGACCGAAGGUUUGGAAAGAGUGCUGCUUGUCCGAGGAGGAGGUCGAGAGGUCAUCACCAUCUACUCGUGACCAAAAUGUUACUGUAUAUUCCACCUGAAAACUUUACGUGCUCAAACAUCCAAACUUGGAAAACAUUUAAAAUAAUUAGUUUUUCACGUCUUGAAUUUGACUUCAGAGUAAGAAUGGAGAUUGAUGGAGAUUUGUUACGGCUCUUGCGAUUGUAUUGUGGAUAUGGGACGCUAUUUAUUUAUUUAUUAUUUGUCACUUUUCACAUGUCCCCUUUUAACCUGACGUUACAAGAGUUUUGUAAAUGUGCAUGCUAAAAAUUUGAGUUUUUAGUUUUUUUUUGGGACUGAUGUUUUGUUUGUUUGUUGUUUUUUUUUUUGCCUGUGACAUGUUUGGAAUUGAGUAUUUGUACUUUUUUUUCCCUGUAAAUAUGUACAAACGUGUAGGGAACCACUGGGUCUUUCUGUUAUUAGAAGAUCUUUAAAAAUAAAUAUUUGUUUUCUAAAGAAGGGAUGUAAUGUGCAGUUAUUCAGCUCAAGGAAUGCUAGCUCGGAAUUUUGCUUCAGGUUUUAAGUAAUUUCAAUUUACGAAAUUAGUUUUAAAACAUAGUUUUAGUUUAGAUUUUUUUUGUGUAUUUUAUUUGUAUUUUUUUUCUUUUAAAGCAGUAUUGUGGACACGAUUUAAAUCCACCGAUGUGUAGCAACUUUUAUUUCAUAAAUUUAUGUCGGCAAAAAAGCUGUUAUUUUUUUUUAUAUCUAAGCUUUACUUUACUACAUUUUUAUGUAGUAAUAUGUGUGAC